CGUUUAACGUGUGUUUAGAGGUACUUAAGUGUCUGUGACUGAGGACCGUUGAACGAAAAUUUUAAAAACAUGUAAAUAUUUCUUUGAUUAAUAGAAUAUCAAAAAAGUUGAAAUCUAAUCAAGAGACUAUAAAAGAAGAGGAAAAUACUCGUCGAAAAGAACAAUAUAUUUGAUUUGGAAAAGAUGAGAAACGGAGAUAGAUAAAUAUCUCACCUGGGACAGUACAUGGUGGAAGAAACUGGAAGAGGAAUGGCUGUCAUUACUAAGACUUGCUGAAAGUGAUAAGACGAUAAUCAUUAAUAACAAGCUUAUAUGAUGAACAAGAACAAGAAGGGAGGGACGUAGAAGAGGAGAACAACGAAGGAGUAGAAUACAUAGAAUAUAAAAAAAGGAGAAGGAGGAGACGUAGUAGAAGAAAGAAGCAUAGAAAAAGAACAGAAGAAAGAAAAUAAAUAGACGAAAAAAAGAAGAAAAAGAAAGAAGCCUAAGUGACGAAAGGGAGGGAAAAGAAAUAAACAGACGAAAAACAGGGAAGAAGAAAAGAAGACGUUAGAAGGAAAAAGAGAGAGGAGAGAAGGGAGACGCAAUGGCCAAGGACCCAACGAAGGAAAUCCCCGAUGACAGUCCUGAUAGAAGUGAGCUUGAGCUGAGGGUCUCGCCGACGGACGACACUGACCCCGAGAAACUUAAACAAGACCACCACAAUGGCGGCGACUUCGACGAGGCGCUGGAACUCAGCGGGUCUUGGGGUUUGUGGCAGAAACUGGUUUUCUUCAUCGCGUAUUUCUCCCAAGUCUUCUGCGCCAUCCACGCUGUGUCUUCAGCCUUCCUGAGUGCCACGCCGGAGCACUGGUGCCACGUGCCGGGCAUGAGCGCAGGGACAAAGGAACAGGCGUCUCUUCUCAAAAACAUUUCUAUACCCUGGGACGAGGAGGAGGGAUUCUCCAAAUGCACUUACUACGACCACAACUACACGGCUCUGGCCUCGUACCUGUCCGGCGACACCUGGCAACCCGAGGACCUGGAGGAACACCUGAGCAACAACACGAAGACCUGCACCUCGUGGGCCUUUGACGACUCCGUGUUCCAGUCCACGCUGGUGUCUGAGUUCAACCUGGUGUGUGGGCGGCGCUGGAUGAUGGCCACCGUGCAGGCGUCCUACAUGAGCGGCCUCCUGGUCGGCUCGCUCGUCAUGGGCCAACUCUCGGACAGGUUCGGGCGGCGCACAAUGACCCUGUACUGUGCUGUGGCUGCGACCGUCGCGGGAAUCUGCGCCAGUUUCGUCAACACGUACACGUUCUUCCUUGUCAUGAGGUUCGUGAUCGCGUUCCUGUGCGCGGGACUCAUGGUCAUCACUUUCGUGCUCGUAACGGAGGUCGUUAGCCCCUUCGCCAGGACGCUGACGGGGAUGCUGUACGCCUUCUUCUUCGGCUCCGGCAUCGCCAUCCUGCCCGGCAUCGCCUACUUCAUCAGGAGCUGGAGGAACCUCGAGCUCACCAUCGGCAUCAUCUCGGCCACGCUCCUGUCGUACUACUGGUUCCUCCCGGAGUCCCCGCGGUGGCUGGCGUCCAAGGGCAGGACUCAGGAGGCUCUCAAGAUCAUGAAGUCCAUCGCCAAGACCAACGGGAAAAUCCUUCCCUCCGACGAACACAUGCUGGCUCUUAUCUCGAGGGGGAGAGAGCAUGGGCAGACCAAACCCGAAGAGGCCGACAACCCUGCCGGCCAGACGGGCGAAGGAGGCGCAGGAGGGGAGGCAAGCGGGUGCUUUUCGGGUCUGGCGGCGAUGGCCAAGAACCAGUUCACCCUCGUGCGCACCCCGGUCAUGAGGCGCCGCUCCCUCAUCUCCUUCUUCGAGUGGUUCGUCGGCGCCAGCGUGUACUACGGCCUCAUCUUCUCAGGUAGCAACAUCAAGGCGGAUCCGUUUCUCAUGAUCUUCGUCUCGGGCGUGGUUGAGCUGCCCUCCACCAUCAUCUUCAUCUUCAUUUUGGACAGGUUCGGGCGGCGGCCUACCAUGUGCGGGCUCUUUCCUCGUCUGCGGCGCCUGCUGUCUCCUCAUCCUGGCGGUCCCCCAAGAUAAGAUCUACAUCAACUUCUUCCUGGUGAAUCUGGGCAAGUUCUUCAACACGGCGGUCUUCCAACAGUCCUACAUCUACACGUCCGAGCUCAUGCCCACCAACGUGAGGAACAUCGCCGUCGGGACGUCCUCGA